UCGUACAUGAUCCUUUAUGAUAAUUAAAAGGUAUGAAAGUUGAAAUUUAGCAAGAUUAAACAGAUUAUAAUUUUUUCAUAUCACAUGUAUUUUCAUAUAUCAAAGAGACCCUUUUCACAGUGCUUUAUCAUCUCCCGUCUUUCACAAGUAUUCCAUCCAUAAUGAUUAAUGAACAUUCCGUUGUCAUCAUGAAGAUCAUAUUGAUCUGCUUGAACAUGGUAAUAGUGAUCAUGAUGGCGAGAAUAAGGACAGACCACCUAAUUCGUCCGCAUGACGAAUUAAAAUCUAGUUUAUAAUUAGUUGUUAACUCAUCGAUAUUGUUGCGAAGUGCAAGUUUGUUGUGACACAUGAGCCUUGAAUUUAGAGAUGUUCUGCAUGCACUGGUGUCGAGUUUAAGUGAGCAUGAAUGUUUAUGAUUUCUAGGGUGUCGGGGUCAGAGGUGACCAAUUAGAAGUUGUGGUGAUUGUGACAUGUUGAAUUUGUGUGCCAAUGCGCUUACAGCAAUUUGUGAAUGAUUAAGGCAUUUAAAUUACAAUGUUGUUGUUGUUAUGGGCCAGUGAAGCUGGCCCAUGACGCUCUUUUAAAGUUCAGAUGGUGGCAGCGUACUUUGUGGAGAAUGGUUGAUGAUAAUUGGUGGCAGAGUAUGAUAGGAAUUUUCAACAUAUUUUCCAUUCUUUAUUUUCUCUCUUGUUUCUUUCUUCUUUCUCAAUCGUUUACUCUAUCAUUCUAUCUUUAUCCUUGAUUUCUCCAUCAUUCAUUUUUUCUAUUUUUCAUUUCUUACUCGAUCUUCUCUUUAUCUGUUUCCCAUCUUGUUUCACAAAACCCCUCUCUUUUUCCUCUUACCCGCCUUCCCCUCUAUCUUCUAUUUUCGCCGCAAUAAUUCAUUGCUUUAAAAAUAACAAUUAGUCUAGACUAAAGUUAGAGGAAAUACAAUCAAGAAACAUUCUCACUCGCUAUUCCAAAUAUUACAUAAAUUAUUUCAUAUUUACUAACCGUUUUCUUUGCAUUGGGCUUGAAGCAUACCCUUCCGCAAAAAACAAUUAUUUUCUUGAGUGACAAAUAACAUCAUGAUUCCGGACGCUCGCCGGACGGGUGAAGAUGUUCUUGAUUAAUGAUGUAAUUAAGAAUUGGGGUGUUUUUUUCUUCAUAUGUCAUAUCGUGAGUAAAUUCUAAAUUUUUUCAUAUCAAGUCUGAACAAAGUUUGGAAAUAUUAUUUAAUAAUUUGUGUGUGCUAACUAAUCUUCAUUUUUGUCUUAUUAGCUGCAUGUUCCAUGGCUUUUUUUCCAAUAUUUUGCUAGUUCCUUAGCAUUACACAAAUAAAGUUUGUUACGAUAAUAGUCUUGUUUAAACACCAGCUCGGAAUCUAUAUAUGUCCACACCAGAGAAGUGUUAAAACAACACCAGUUUGGAAUCAAACCAAUGCUGUUUUGAUACUUCUUGGUGUUGUAUAAACACAUAUUUGGCGUGAGGCCAAAAACCAAACUGGUGUUGUUUAACAUUUCUCUGGUGUGGACAUAUAUAGAUUCCGGGCUGGUGUUGAAUCAACAAUUCAGUUUUUGCAGUGUAGCCCGGCGACAUGUGCACGCUUCCCUUGCUUGCCUUUCCAAUACAGGAAUUUUUCAGCAACUAUUUUCUGAACUUGCUACUAGAUGGUAUAUUGGAGCACUUGUGGUCGCAUGUGGAUCUUCUGAAUAAUGAAGAGUUAAUUUCUCUUAUUUUUUAACCAUCAGGUGCAGGCACAUGGGCACGAUGUCACCAGAAUGCUGGCUUAUAGCAUAAGGCCAAAAGUAUACUUCAGCCACAUGCAAAAAGGUGGGUCCUUUGAAGAAUUGCUAAAUGAAUUACAAAGGAAGGAAUCUGAGGAAAGCCAGCAAGGAGCAGGCCAAGGGAUAGUUCCAAGGGAUAGUGAUGAUGAUCAUGAUGGCGAUGAUGGCGAUGAUGGUGGUGAUUAUGAAGAGGAAGAGGAACUACUAUAUGAAUUACAAAGGAAGGAAUCUGAGGAAAGUCAACAAGAAGCAGGCCAAGGGAUAGUUCCAAGGGAUAGUGAUGAUGAUCAUGAUGGCGAUGAUGGUGAUGACUAUGAAGAAGAAGAGGAAGAAGAGGAAGAGGAACUACUAUAUGAAUUACAAAGGAAGGAAUCUGAGGAAAGUCAACAAGAAGCAGGCCAAGGGAUAGUUCCAAGGGAUAGUGAUGAUGACGAUGACGAUGAUGAAGAAGAACUCUGGACAUUGCAGGAGGAAGAUGAAAGAGGAUAUUCCAGUGAAGAUGGACAGGAAGAGGAAGCUGUGGAGGAAAUUAAAAAAGGAACGAAAAGGAAGCAAGGACAAGAUGGGAAAAAGGCGUCCAAACCAGCAGAUCGAAUCGAGCGAAAUUGCCCACUUUGUAAUGUUGCGACAAGAACGCUUGCCCGGCAUCUUCGCCGCAAGCAUACACAGCUGAAGGAAAACGAGAUCUGGCAUUUCAUAUAUCAAGCCAGAGAACGAGUCCCAAUUCAGAGGAAGAAAACCAGAGAUGAAGGACGAGAGAGAACUGGACAGAACUGUCCCCUUUGCGCCGCAAAAGGAUUAACCAAACUCUCAGACCAUAUGAAGAGGAAACAUAAUGGCCACACAGUGGAAAAACAAGCCAAAGAUGGCAUCUUCGAAAGGUAUUUGCAGUUCACAAGCUUCUAUUGCAAGGAGAAGACGGCUGAGCAGCAUAAAAGCCAGCUUGAAAAAAUUGAUGAUCUUGCCGGUGGCCUGUCAGCACUCUUCUCUGACCAUGAUGCAAUUUACAGAGGAACUGCUAUCAAAGGAGGACCUGCAGAUGUUUUACAAUACCCUCUACAAGCAAGCAUGUGA